AUGGCGAUGGCAAAUCGUGGACGAAAUCAAAAACUUCCUCCCGAAGUUAAUCGGAUAUUGUAUGUUAAAAAUUUGCCAUACAAAAUUACAAGCGAGGAAAUGUAUGAUAUUUUCGGAAAAUUUGGGGCCGUUCGACAAAUACGAGUAGGGAAUUCAGCAGAAACUCGAGGAACUGCAUUCGUUGUUUAUGAAGAUAUAUUUGAUGCGAAAAAUGCUUGUGAGCAUCUUUCAGGUUUCAACGUGUCGAAUCGAUAUCUUGUGGUGCUCUAUUAUCAGGCUACUAAAGCAUAUAAGAGGAUGGAUACAGAUAAAGCAAAAGAAAGGUUAGAAGAAAUCAAAGAGCGAUAUAAUCUUGGUGGUGAUCUCGAGAAAGAAAAGAAGGAUAAACUCGGUUAUACUCCUACGCCACGUCGAUAA